CUUCACAAUUACCUUACUGCUACAGUGAGAGUGACAAGCAAACUUUAGACCUUGUGCGUAAACAAACCCUCAAGUGAACCAAGAUGAGAGCCCAGCGUUGUGUGUCCCCCGUGCAGGCCGUCAUGGGAGUCAUGGACGGCAAGAUCCGCAAGUCGCCCCUCAAGAGCGACGGCGCCGACCAGGUCCUGCUGUACCUGGAGCGCCUGCAGCACCUGGUGCCGCAGUGCCCCAAGGACCGCCCCGUGACCAAGCUCGAGCUCAUCCAGUCCGUCAUCGACUACAUCUACGACCUGGAGGACGCCCUGGAGCCCGAGUCCAGCGACGACGAGUCCUCCGACGUCGCCUCCACCUCCGAGGACGAGAUGGAGUGCGUGGAGAGCUCGUGAGCUUCGCCGCGGGCUCUGUCGCCUCCGGGCUGUGCGGCGCCGGGAGCGACGACGGCGAGGCAGCAGCGACCCGUUCGAGCCGUGAGGGGCGUCUAGGCUGACAACACGAAGGAGGAGGAGGACGACGACGACGACCACGCCCGCGAUGUCCUCGGGUUNCCUUUGCC